AUGGUGGUUGCUCCGACACCUCUUGUCGGUCCUCCGGAGAUCGUCAAACUACUGGUAACCUCACAACCGCCUCUGACACAACUCCAUAUAGCACAAAAAGCCGCUUCCAACGCCGCGGUGGCCAAGAAACCGGCCUCAUUUGGUAACCCCUGCCUUGAUCUCUAUUUCCAUGUGAAACCAUACAGCUAUGGGACAGCCUUUAAGCAUCUGAACCGGUUGCUCCCGCUCGCUUGGUCCCAUGAUCCCCUGACCACCCUGAAGCUCAUCUGUAACCUAGUAGAAGGAGGUUACGACUCCUCUGGAAAAGGUGAAGAUGAGUUGUUUUACACGGCGGCGUUUUGGCUGUACCAAAACCACCCCAAAACCCUAGCAUGCAACGUUGCGCCAAUUGCCGAUUCGUUUGGGAAUUUUGAACACAUUUUAGAGAUGUUGCUCGGGAUUGUAGACGGCGAAGAUGAAAAUGCCAAGAGGAGGAGGUUGAAUAGGGGGAGCAGCUAUAAAAUCAAAUUCGAGGACUUGGUUCAGAAAAAAAUAGGCAAAAGAAAGAGUGAGCAGAUUGCCAAGGCCAAGAAGGUGAUUGAGAUGUACAAGCGUGACCCCAACUUCCAGUUGUUGCACGAGCAGGUUUCGGAUCUUUACGCUGAGCACUUGAAGUCUGAUAUUCAGAAUUUGAAGAUAUACGAGCAGCAGCAGUUGGACAAUGCUUAUGAUCCUACACAGUGGGAGUUGGAGUUAACCCCGGCUGCAAGGUGGUGCCCUUCUGUUGAUUGCUUCUUCGAUCGCGCCACUUUACUCUGCGAAAGCAUUGCAAGGAAGGUUUUCCCGCGAGAGGAAUGCAUACAAGAUGUUUCUGACCGGGAGGAGGAGGCUGAUUACGCGUCCAGAGUCCAAGAGCGGCUGAUGGAUGAGGUUUUGACGCCGUUGAGGAAGUUCAUGAACUCAGGCUAUGAUUUUCCAGCAGAAAGAAGGUCUGAUGUGGUUAAAGAGUAUAUGAACGAUGUCAAUGAUGCUGGCGAGUCUGAGAUUGAGGCAGAUGCUAUGUUUCCACAUGAGAUCAUACGCUAUGUGAACUACCGCAAUUUUGCGGAACUGGUUGACCCUCAGUGGAAGGCAAUGGUGGAGGAAAUAUAUGUAAAGCAGGGCAAGUUGAAGAACUGCUUGGCUGUGUGUGACGUCUCAGGAAGGAUGGUUGGGCGCCCCAUGAAUGUGUCAUUGGGUUUGGGACUUUUAGUGUCUGAACUCAGUGAAGAGCCAUGGAAAGGAAAGGUCUUCACUUUUAGUCGAAACCCUCAGCUACUUUCGAUACAAGGCGAUGAUCUUAAGUCCAAGUGCAGGUUUAUGAGGAGGAUGGACAAUCAGGACUGGGACGGUGACACUAAUUUUCUUAAGGUGUUUGAUUUGAUUCUGGAAGUGGCGGUGAAUGCAAACUUGAAGCCAGAUCAAAUGAUCAAGAAGUUGUAUGUGUUCACUAGUGACCAAGACUUUGAUGAUGCUUGCGGCCAUAGCUGGAGGACUGACUAUGAGGCUAUACAGAGAAAGUUCAAGGAGAAAGGGUACGGGGAUGUGGUGCCACACGUAGUGUUUUGGGAUCUAACCGGUGACGAGUAUGUCCCUGUGGCGUGGUGUACACAACAUGGGGUGACCGCUAUGAGAGGGUACUCCAAGGAUUUUGUCGAGUGCUUCUUGGACAAUGACGGUGAUGUUGGCCCCGACCAGGUCAUGGAAGCUGUCAUCUCCGAUGAGCAGUUUCAAAAUCUGGUUGUUGUGGACUGA